GAUACCGCGUCUAGUAUUUUGGCAGGAUCGAUCGAGAGCACGUUUCGAGUCAUUCUGAAGCGAGAGGAAUCUACACAGCAUCAUGCGUUACAGUUGCAUCGCGUUGAUCACGUUGUCGCUCUUAGCAUGGGUCUACGGCGAAGAGCUUUACUCCGACAAGUACGAUUACAUCGACGCCGACGACAUUUUAAGCAAUGACCGUCUUCGAGAACAGUACUACAAGUGCUUCAUGGAUACUGGACCCUGCGUAACUCCGGACUCGAAAUUCAUGAGGGAACAUAUAUUGGAAGCGAUCGCGACGAAAUGCAAGAAGUGUACCGAGAAGCAGAAGACUUCCCUGAACAAAGUAGCGGACUACUACGCGGCGAACGACCCUGAGAAAUGGGAAGCUCUGAUACAGAAAGUGGUAAUGGAUUUCAAAGACAUGGCCGGAAGCAGCGACGCCUGAACUGGAACUGUUUCUGCAAUUACUACAAUAAUUAUCGUAUCCUAUCCAGUAGUACAUGUAACGUUUUCCCGAUUGAAACUUUGCAAAUUUCUUGAUGUAUUGAAUAAACGGCACACCUGAAGCAGAGAUGAAGAGAUAA